GCACUCUACUUUUUUAUCACUCUAGAAAUUUGAAUGUUCAGCGAGAGGUGGCGAUGAGGACCAAAUCCAAGGGAUUGUCAGGUGAACAGGGUGAACAGUUGAGUUUUGUCAAAAUAAAACAUUAUUUUUUCGUAUUUUUUUAGCCAGUUGAGUCCCUUUAUUGCUGUAGAUUCCUGUGAGCAGCUUGAGUAGUUUUGUAUCUUUUUGUAGGGAGUGAGUUGUGGGUCAUUUGUUCUCUCGAUAAUUAAUUGUAUCUUGAUUGAUGACUCAUGUGUUGAGUUCGUCUCGCUUAUGAACAACAUUCAGUCUGUACAUUGACAGCUAGAUCUCCAGCCUAGAUCUCCAGCAUCUGCACAGCUACAUGUGCCAGCGUUAUUUUUUGUUUACCUGUGGUUUUUAUUAUCCAGCAAGACGGGGGCCGAACAGUCAGCAAUGUCCGUCUCACAGAUGGAGAAGAAUUUAUUUAAUCUGAAGUUCGCUGUGAAGGAGCUGGAGCGAAACUCAAAAAAAUGCGAGAAAGAGGAGAAAGUGGAGAAAGCCAAGGUGAAGAAAGCCAUUCAAAAGGGUAACAUGGAGGGUGCGAGGAUACACGCUGAGAAUGCAAUUCGCCAAAAGAAUCAGGCCCUGAAUUAUCUGAGAAUGAGUGCCAGGGUGGAUGCAGUUGCCAGCAGAGUGCAGACUGCCCUCACCACGAGAAAAGUCACCCAAUCGAUGGCUGGUGUUGUCAAGGCCAUGGAUGCAGCUAUGAAGUCCAUGAAUCUUGAGAAAAUAUCGAAUCUCAUGGACAAGUUCGAAAGCCAGUUUGAAGAUCUCGAUGUCCAGAGUUCGUACAUGGAAAAUGCCAUGUCACAGACGACUACAACGAAUGUUCCUCAGGCUGAUGUUGACUCGCUGAUGCAGCAAGUCGCUGACGAGGCCGGGUUGGAGUUGAAUAUGGAGCUUCCAUCUGGGCAAUUAGGAAGCAUUGGCACCUCGACAGCUGUCAGUCAGGAACAGGACGAACUCACACAGCGACUGGCGCGCUUACGCGAGUAGCACCUGUCAAUUUAUCACUGAUAACUCAUUCGAUCCAAAUACACCGUGAGAAAGAAUAUACCUUUACUCUGUAAUAUAAUAUAUUAUUUUAUCGAGGAACUCUAACAUUAAUGCUGCAUUGUAUUGUCGAUUACUUUCGAGGGCGAAUAGGGUUUCUUAGGCUGUUAACCCUUUUGUAUUCUCACAAACCAAAUGGAAAGGCUAGGUAUGCCCGAUAUUCCGUGAAAAACAAAAUCCGGGGAUCUUGUAUAAAAUACAAUUAAACUGUUUGAUUUGCUUGA